UCGCACAAUGAAGCUGGCAGUACUAGGAGCCACGGGUCCAAGUGGUCAGGAACUCGUUAAAGACGCCCUGGCACGAGGUCACCAGGUUAUAGCGCUUGUAAGAAGCCCUGAAAAACUCGCUGAAAUUAAGCAUGACAAUUUACAGGUUCAUAGAGUAGACAUAUUCAACCCACAGGAUUUGGCGCCACAUUUUAAAGGAUGCGACGCAGUCUUGUCUGGCCUGGGUCAACGAGGAUUGCUCCUCCCAUUUACCAAGACCACGUUUUAUGAGGACAGCGUUAAAUCCAUAGUGACCGGCAUGAGGGAGGCCAACAUCACGCGGUUCCUCUGCAUUACGUCAUGGUGUACAGAGUAUGGCCCUGACAAUCCGAAGAUUAUGGAGUGGAUUGUAAAACCGCUUUUCAUUGGUCGUCAUUUGACAAGCAUGGCGGUUAUGGAAAAUUACUUGUUCAACGAAUGUCCAGACAUUAACUACACCAUUGUGCGGCCACCACAACUGACUAACGGACCGUCUGUGGGCACAGAGAUGCAUACAGCCCAGGGCCAGUUUGUUCCUAAGAGAUCGCCCAUGAUUACCCGGGCCGAUGUUGCAAAGUUCAUGUUGAAUUGCUUAACGACUGAUCAGUGGGAUCGUAAAGCGGUAUCAAUUGCUCCAUAACUCAGUCCGAAUAUAUCCCCAUUACUCAGGGCUGCCCAUGAUUAAAUGUAAUCCGUGACUCAUAUUAAGUGCAGUUGAAAACCGAAUGUGUUUCAGGACUCACAGUCUUAUAUUGAAUGUAAUCCGUGACUCAGAUUAAGUGCAGUUCAAAACUGAAUGUGUUUCAGGACUCACAGUCUUAUAUUGAAUGUAAUCCGUGACUCAGGGAGAAUUCAAGUAGCCUAAGCAACGGAUGUAUUGUUUCAGCUCACGAUUAAAUGAUUCAUUUUGAUUACAGUGAACGAAAAGUUUGCCACUGUACAUACAUAGAAAAACUGAUUUAGGACACAUUUGUGUAAAAAAAUGUGUAAACAAUUCUAUAAAGUUUUGAAAGCCUAGAAGAUGAAGUUAUGCACUUUGGAUAGCCUAUGACACUGACAGACGAUUCACUCUGAGUAGCCAUGUUGUAGAAGCACUUAUGAACUCGGCCAAUCACUAGCGAUGAAAGCGUCACGUCCAAGAACCUAUUAGCUUUCGACUGUCAGUGUGGUUUCUUAUAGUGGAUAGACAGAUAUCGAUGAAAUAAAUUGGAUUUUGCGGUUAGCUUAAGUGUAGAGAUGAUGUAUUUUGAACCACACCUCUAUGAGCAGGGAACUGAGAACGGCUGCCCAUGUCACUAUGCGCAUAUGUUGGGCAGGAGAUUGCGGUAACUUGUCAGGGUGAGCUGGAAAGAAAACCGCCUCGGGAGAGUCAUUACCUGGAGGAAAAUAUUGUGACUUUGCAUUAUUUUUCCUUAGCAAAGUCAGAUUUAUUACGAAAAUAUCUGCUCAAAAUCUAAAUGAAAGAGUCUGUUAUCAAUCAGAAGGCCCUGCUGUGUUGGGUAGAUUCCCUGAAGUCGGCACCUAGACGAAUUGCUUACACCCAUGCAGGACGAGGACGAGAAGGGCACUAAAACACGACGCUUGUGUCCACGAACAUCGCCCUCACCAAGCGCCAAAAUAAAAGAAACAUCGCCCUUUGAACACGGAACUGUGCUGAUUCUUCCUUGGCUGGGUAUCAGACGUGAUUGUUUGUAUUUUCUCAUUGUUACAUUGUUUAAUACCGAUCGUAGGUUAGAUCUCCAAGGUUUUGUGACGUCACUCUAGAUAGCUACAACAUAGCAAAAUGGUGUCACCAAAUGAGUGGAUACGUGCUGACGAUUAUUUGCCAUUUACUUUGUUGAUAAACGGUGUAGAAUUUUUUAAAGUAUUUUUAGAACAUUUCUGGAAUACUACUUUAUUAAUUAAUUCAGCUUUAGUAGCUGAUUUAAUGUUCACUUUAAAGGUUAUUGGGAAGAAGUGUCACGAUUAAUCAGUAUAUGAUUUGUUUUGUAUUUGUAUAAUUUAUCAUGCAACUUUUAUAGUUUUAUAUUAUAUUUUAGGCCAGAAUUCAUGGAAAUUUCACCAUCAACGACCAUUGCUCACAGAGCUAGAAAACUGCGAAAUCAGCAAUACUGUCAUUGUAAUGACUUAAAACUCCUCAAAAAUCUGUUGUAUGACUGAUGCUAAAAUUUAUUCUUUUGCUGCAGCAGAUAAUUCAGCAAUUGGAGCAGAUUAUUUUGUUAAAAAUAACACACAUUAUUAAUUCAACAUAGAUUGCAUAAAACUGACAAGAUACUAUAUUCAAUUUGGGACAGUUUUAUAGUAUAACAGCAGAAUGCAUCCUAAAGUCUACUUCUUUUAGAGAGUUGCCUAUAUUCAGCUAUUCAUACUCACUAACAAAAUUGCCUUUAGUUAGUGACACGUAACAACACAAGCUCUAGACAUUGAUGCGUUGGAAGUUCACAUUAUUACAAGGGAAAUGAAGUUAGAACACUUUUUGUAAUUCAUAAGCUCGGUUUUGACGGCAAAAACCCAUUGCCUCAGGUGACGUCAUAAUUAAGCAUCUGAUUAAUGUUCCAGGGUAGAUAUACUUGUCAAAUAUCCAAAAAUAUUUAUAUUUUACCGGUGAUCAUAAAUAAUUGAUUAAAAUUUAACUCUAGAUUUGUGUCUCAUUAUGGGCUAAGUUAACAUUAUCCAAGCCUCAACGACACAUGCAAUAACAACAGCAUAAUUCGCAUAAAUACUGUUACAGUCGAAAUUUGAUGGAUUGAAAGAAUUGUGUAUUAAAACUAUUAAAUGCAAUAUACAGGAUUAGUUUCGAACCCUACGUUUUUCCACCCAUAGAAAAGUAGCCUCCAACUGUUUUCAUAAGAAUUUAUAUUGUACUGAAUAAGAAUGAAUGCAAUAUUUUUGAUUGAAUUGGUUUUUGAUUGUGGUUUUAUUUAUUAAUGGAUUGAUUGACGUGUUGCCAUGUUAUACAACUACACUGGCAUUAAGCAUAAGCCCAGGUAAAUAACACUUAAUUCACCAAAUACUGGUGUAGCAAUGGAAGAGUUUGUGUUUUGCUGAUGUCACUGAUAAUGUUCAUAGCGUAUUUGAUAUGUAGCAGAAUUUCUGUAGAUUGUAUUCCCUGCAAUACUGAACAGUUAUUAUUCCUAAUAGCUAACUUCCCCCUUCAGGUAUUGUAAUGUGCUAUUAAAAUGAAUGGAACUUUUUAUGUAAUUAUGUAAAGUUUUUGUAAAAUCGAGAUGUUACGUAUAUUGAUCGGGAUUUGUUCCACAUGCAGUUUCAUAUAUACAUGAAUAUCUGUAUAUUGAAAAAGAAUGAUACGGAAGUAAAGGUGCAAAGAUUUGUUUUUGAUUCAGGACUUUAAGUAUCAACUCACUACUGGUG